AUUUCCGUUUACUUUAUGGCGGCAGUUUUCAACAAGCAAAUUGAAAUUCAAUGUACCAAACAUUGAUUCACAAAUACAGUUCAGAGUAUGAUGAGACAUGGCGCCAGGAGAAACCAGCACGUCAACAAAUAGAUGUAUGACUACACCUCAGACGUUUAAAUCCAGACUUUCACAUAGAUUUACUCCCAAGAGAUUUACUCCAUAUGGUAGAACACCGCAAAGUAGAAGGAUAUCCACAGCUGUGCCAACCACAAGAGGUAGAAGGAAAAACGUUCACACAAGAACAAAAUCUCGCACUGACAGCAGUUCUGAAGCUGAAGACUUGAAAGGAUUUACCAAUGUAACAUGGAAGGUGUUUAAGUUGUCUCCUCUCUACAAGUUUAGCAGUGCCCCAAAGGAUCUGAAACGUUAUGGCCAACUUUUAUCCUCAUGUGUGGAGGCGGCUAACCAGAAAGGACUGUUUGUAGAGAACAAUGUGUCUAGAAAAGCACUGUUCUGUGUUCAAGAGGGAUUGAAAAAGACUGCUGAUGACCCUGAUGCUAUACAAAUAUUGGUCAAAGGAAAAAAAGGUUUAGGAACCGUGGACACUGUCAUUCUGACGGCCACGCUGUGCGGAGUGGAGAUGGAGGGGGACCUGCUGAUCCCCGAUGUGAAGGGCCACUUUACCUACUACCCCGUCCUCCUUGUGAAGUCAACCGUAGCAAUGACAGAUGUCCUCAUUACCUGGCUAAUGAGGCAUUUUGACUGUAAGAUAUCCCCACUGGUUUUUCCGCCUGUAUAUAUGGCCUGGAUGAUUGCAAUGUGGAGUGGUGCUUUAGCAAAUACAAAUCGCAAGAACAAGCCUGUGGAAUUGGUGUACCAGGUUCCCAGUGAAUGCGAGGGAAUCAAAAAGAUCACAUACACGAUAGAGGCAGCAGAUUGUCUCCGAGUUUGGAAUAGCAUUCAUGACAGCAAAUCGGACAUGUUCACCGAGGAAGAAAUGACAACCUUCAUAUCUAGUCUAGAGGAUCACUUUUAUUCCCUUUUUAGAGUCAAACUAAAUGCUAUGCAGCUCUCCUGUGUUGGAACAUCGUUAUGCUACAUUGGUAGAGAUGGCAUUUUAAAGAUAUAUUCGGCAGAACAUGUCAGUUGUAUUCUGCGACAUUUAACAGAACUCUCUAUGGAACAUUUCUCUCUGGUGUGACAAUGGUCAAAAGCAGUGGUCAACUGUUCUUUUUCCAGGGGAAAAAAACAACUCUAGGAUCAUUUUACAGUUUUAUCAAUGCAUGUUCACCAAUGAUAUUUUGUGGGAAUUUCGGUUAUUUUUUGUUUUUUGUUAAAUUUGCAUAUUUAUCAGGCACUUGUCAACUUUAAUAUUUCUUGGCACAAACAUUAUUAUUGGAACUGUAUAAUGGAACAAUAAUCGGCAAACACCCAACUCAUUAGAUCAGAUGUAUUGUGUUUUUAUAAUAGCAUAUGAACAGUAAAGAUAUGUUGCAUUAAAUUUUAAAUUCACAAAAACUAAUAGAUACAGGUGCAUACAGGUGCAUUAAUACAAGGUACAUGUAACAUAUAUUUGUUAGCAAAGGACUAUAUAUGAUAUGGGCCUAAAAUGGCCUCCUAAAAUGAACAUCAUCAUAUUACUGUAAUUCUUUGUUUUCUUUAUACAGAUAUAUACCGGUAUGUGAUGUUUUUACAUUAUGAUCAUUUUGAUUCAAGUGCCCACAAUUUAAAAAUAUGAUAUCAUAAAGACAACCUUUUCCCGCCAUUUUUGCAAUUUUAGCAUAAAACGGCUUGUUUUCAAGCAGUUUUUCUUUCAGAGAACAUAGAGCGCAUGCUUGAACAAACAAAAUAUUUUAAUCAGAGAUGUAACUAGUCAAGACUAAUAACCGACACAAAAAUUUUCCUUGUUCAAGCAUGCGCUCUAUACUUCCCAUUCAUUAAAAGAUGGAAAAAUGUCAAUUUUUGACUAUAUUUUGAUUGAAUUAUAGAAAUAGCGUCACUUCUGACGUCAUAUACUGCAAGUGAGUGCAAAUAAAUCAAACAAAUAGGUGGAAAAUAUAUUUUAUUACAACUCUUCUUAAAAUUAACAUACCAUUUUAGAGUUCCCGAAACACUUAAAAAAUGGCAAAUUAUGGGGGCCAAAUUCAACUCAUAUAUAGUUCUUUGUUUUUUUCUAUACUUUUGUGGAUUAACUAUUAAAAAACUUUUUUAGUAUUUGAAACUUCUUAAAAUUAUUCCCACGAAAAUAUUUAUUUCAAAGGUUGCAGUUUGAUUAUGAAUAUGUUUUUGGCAUUUGAAUUAAAUCUAGAUAAACUUUGUCUUUACGUAUAAAUCGAUCUAUAUUGUAUAUAAUUUUGCCUGAUAGUAUGAGAUUUAAGUCUUAAUAAAUGAUUUGUGCACACACACACACCCCUUUGAAAAAUAAGGUAUAAAUUAAUAGAAUGAAGGCUUUUUUUUGCCAAAUGUAUAGCUUUUACGGUAGAUAAAUGUAUAUCAUUUUUAAUGAAAGGAAUAUUCUAAUGUAUAUUGUUGUAAGUAUAUGUGUAUUAUUGAAAAUUGAAAUGGGGAAACCUUACUCACAGGUGCCUGUAACCUUACUUCACCAGUGGUAACCAAAUAUAUCCUAUUUUAAAUGUUCAAUCGGUUAAUUUUGGUUCAGAAGUAGUGUGUGGGGGGGGGGGGGGGGGGGGUUACCUUUAAAAAAAAUACUUUUCUCUUUGCUUUUAAAGCUACAAGUACAUGUUAUCCAUAAUAUUAAUAUUUAUGUAUUUUGUUUGUAGGUGUGUAUAUAUACAUUCAUCAUUUUAUGUAAGACAAUUGCAUUGUUGAGAUCUGGUUGUAAUUUUCAGUACUUUUUAUAAUUGAAUAAUGCAGUUGAAUAUGUUUAAUUUUCAUUUUAACAGGAAUUUAAUUCUGAAAAAUUGUUAUUUGAAUUGUUUUACAGGUUUUAACAAAUGAUAACAUCUGCAGAUUUGUUGUUGUUUUAAUCUGUUGUUAUUACCGGUCUUACUGGAACUCUUACAGUAUUGUAUUUAAAUUGCUUGUAUAAAAUUAAUAAACAAUGUAUUGAAUGAAUGUGUCUCCUUUGAUUUCUAA